GGGAGCUCUUGGUGGUGCUGCGCGAGCGGAAAGGCGUCAUUUUUGCCCAAAUACGAGUCACGCGAAGAGCGGCGCGAGCACGCGCUCAGCGAGAGGAAAGGGGCGGCGCUGUGAACUCAAGACGUCAAAAUACAUCAUAAAAUAAAAACAACAAAUAUAUAUAUAUAUAUAUCUAUAAUAUAUAUAUAUAGAGAGAGAGAGCAUGAUUUGAAAGGCACGAGCGUCGGUUUGCUGUUCUACUCAGUCCGCAUCAUCAUCAUCAUCAUCAGCGUCGGGAUGGCUGCGUCUUCGUCGGUGAUCUUCUGCACGAGGCGUCGCCAGGGCUGCGGGGUCGGUGCGCGGUCGCGCGCGGGUGUCGUGUUCACGCGCGGCUGUCAGUGAAGCGCCUCCCCACGCUGCAGCAGGUUCGCUCACUCGCUCGCGCUUCCCCCUGCUGAGGAUCCGGAGGCAGGCCGCCAUCCCGAAUAUAUAUCUCUCUCUCUCUCUCUGUCUCUCUCUCUAUCUGUCUCUCUCUCUCUGUGUCUGUCUGUCUUUGACCGGAAAGAAAGCAUGCAUGCAAUAGUGUCCUGAUCACUAAAAGUGCACGAGACAAAACCAAAAAACCGGAUCUCCUUCGCUUUUUGGUUUGCACUCAAUCUCUGGAGACCGGGCGAUGGAUCAAGCAGCUGUCGGUCUAAAUACAAAUAAAUUUCACCUGCCAGAAAAGCUAUUUCAACGAAGGGGAAAGGACGCGGAAUGUCAAAACCACACAUUUGAUAGUGGUUACUUUCACUUCACACCAACUACUAGGUGAACUUUGGCUUGUGAAUUGACGAACCUCAGCCUUGAGCCAGUAGAAACCAAGAAGGAUGAAAAUGCGACGUCACAGAGUGUUUUUGCUUUGCACCGUGGGGCUGUGUGUAAUUUCUUUCCUGCACUAUUACAAGGCCCUGCACUACGUGUCUCUGCUACGGGAACUUACAGCACCCUACCCAAACAUCAAGUCUUUUAUAAUGGUGACUGGAUUCUUCUGGAAAGAGAAGGCCACCCCACUGUCCAGUGCCUCUCCAGAAGAGGGACCCCCACCAGUCCUUAGAACCUUGGAGACCAGGCAUCAGGUACAUGAAGAAACCAAGGGCAUGGGUGCAGGAGUGUUGAACAUGGCUGAAGAACCCAGAGCACCACAGCCUUGGGUGAGACCAGAGGAGCCACAACACGAGGAUUCAGACCCUGAGAAGGAAGACAUGAAAUUGAUCAUGUGGCACCCCAGUAACGCAGUGCACCAGGGAGUGGAUGUUGUGAGAUCAAAUUCUCCCAGCGUGGUAGUGAAGAAGCAGGAACCCCAGCAUGCAUCCACUCCAGACCCCAUCAUGUUUCUGGGUGACUUACACAAGCGCCACUUUACCCUACAAGAGGACAGCACACCCUACUUUGUCCGCACUAAAGCUGGUGCUCUGUGUUUCCGGCAAGGGACAGAGAUAGUGCCAGCAAGAGAUGAUUCUGGGACUGGCAAAGGUAAGCCUACACUGGCUGGGGUCCUUCAUAGGAAUAUCUUACAAAUUGCAGAGGACUCCAAUGCUCGAUCAAAAUUGUCAGAAGACUCUAGUCCCAGCCGAGUGAAGCCCAAACGUGGCAAGCGUCUUGUAAAGUGCGUAUGCCGUUCUGGUUGGCAUGGUCCCUACUGUGGAGUGCCUACAAUGGUGUAUCACUCAAACCUGCCAACUAAAGAGAGACUGACCCCUCGUGAGAAGCCACGACGUGUAAUCAAUGCUAUUAACAUUAACCAUGAGUUUGAUCUGCUCCAUGCCCGCUUCCAUGAGCUGGUUGAUGCUGUUGAUCUCUUUCUUGUAUGCGAAUCCAACUUCACAGCGUACGGAGAGAGGCGUCCGUUGAGCUUCCUGCAACUCUUGCUCAAUGGCACUUAUGACUACAUGCGUCAUAAGAUCCUUUAUGUGUUUCUGGACCACUUUCCUGAAGGUGGUCGGCAGGAUGGCUGGAUUGCUGACGACUAUCUGCGCACUUUCCUUACACGGAACGGCAUGGGUCGAGUGCAGGGUGCACGGCCUGACGACGUUUUCCUCAUCAAUGACGCUGAUGAGAUCCCAGCCCAUGAGGGCAUUCUUUUCCUCAAGCUGUUUGAUGGCUGGACUGAGCCAUUUGCCAUCCACAUGCGCAAGUCACUCUAUGGCUUUUUCUGGAAGCAGCUUGGCUCUCUUGAAGUGGUUUCAGGAUGCACAGUGGGGAUGCUGAAGGAGGUCUACGAAAAUGAUGGCAUCCGCUUGCGCCGGCGCGAGUACUAUACCAUGCCUAAUUUCCGCAAAUAUGAGAAUGACACAGGACACAUCCUGGUGCAGUGGUCAAUUGGAAGUCCGUUCCACUUUGCCGGAUGGCACUGCUCCUGGUGCUUCACGCCCGAGGGCAUCCACUUCAAACUUGUAUCUGCCCAGAAUGGUGACUUUCCCCGUUGGGGCGACUAUGAGGAUAAGCGGGACCUUAACUACAUUCGUGAGCUGAUCCGGACUGGGGGUUGGUUUGAUGGCUCUGUGCAGGAAUACCCUCCCACGGACCCUAAAGAGCACAUGUAUGCCCCGAAGUACAUGUUGGACAAUUAUGAGAACUAUCGCUACCUUCUGGAGAACCCUUAUGUCAAGCAUCCCAAUAUGAGUGCGGGGUAAAGGGGAGACAGGUGGGGUUUAGAUGUAGUUCAUCUGAAUAAUAAAGGAAAAUAAGGUCCAUUUGGAAGUUAUCAGGGGAGGAAGGGAACAAAACUCUGCCUACAUCCUUUCCCCCCUUUUCUUACUUAUUGGAUCAAACCCCAAAGGUUAAUUACCAUCCAGUCCCUGGCAGAGAAGGGUGGGACCAGCCAUGGCAAUGGAUGAACAUAAGUGAUUAUUUCUUUUUUUGGUUUCUGUUUGCUCAGUGGAUAUGCAGAGUCUAUCAAGAGACUGUAUCAGAUCACUCCAUUUGUGAUGUUUAUUAUGCGCUGACCCUUUUGUGUGAGAGAUAAAAAGAAUGUGUAUGUUUGUGAUUGGCCUUCAUGGUUCUUGACACACAUUUUUGCUUGCAGUUUUGAAAAAUGAAAACCAUACGGAUUUAUUAUUUUGACUCCUUCCUAAAAUCCACACUUGGCCAAGUGCGGCAGUCAAUGGAGCGUUUUCUGUAUGAACGAAAGAGGAAAAGGGUUCUAAAUUUGGUCUGAAUCACUUUCUGAAUAUGUGAACCGUUGGGUUUAGUUAAUGCAGCACUUUCAGUCCAGAUUCUGCGCUGAUUGCUGAAGCCAGUGUGGUGAUGUACUUUUGCACUCUUGACCAAUGGCAUGAAGUGCCCUCAGAGUUCAGUUCAGUAUGGAGGAAGAAAAGUGGCUCAGAUAUUGGUGACUGUGUUGGUCAUACAUGCAGAAUACAAGAGAAAAGGGGAAUGGAGCAGGGAGUAAAGGGUUGGUAGAAGUAGAGAAGGCAAGAGUAGGUCUCUGUUCCCCUGCCUGAGUAGAACCAAAUACAUUAUGGAUGCUUCAGCACAGCAGGAGACCAUUUCAGUUGAAGAGUAGGCCACAGAGGAAAAGAGAAUAGUCCUUCGUCCCUCUCUAGCCUUCUCUCCCAGCUUGUCUCUGUGUCGUAAAGCAGAUUUGGCAUGAAAUAUUUGGCCGUGUAGACCACAGAAAUUUAAGUUAUUGGUUAUACUGACGCACCUACUACAGCGUUUGUCAGGCUAUGGAAACCUAAUGGGAACUUUUACAAAAAAGUAUUGCGAUUACACAAUCCUGACAAAGCAGGACAGUCUGAAAUGGGAAUGAGAUCGGAACCUUUACAAGUCCCACUCCAAAUUAGCAUGAUCUUUAAAUUUGAUGGGGAAUGGAUGCAUUUAAAAGGCCAGUGAUAAAUUCUACAUCAGGUGCCAUAGGCGAUGGAAAAGUUGGGAGCCCAAUUAAAAUAAAAUAUGCAUGUUCUUUGUGAAGGCAUUCUUCAUGGCAACAUGUUCAACAGGAACCUUUUUCCACUAAAAACAAAACUUGAGGCGGUAGUUUUCGUAGGAAAUGACGAAGUCACUUUUGAUGGAACUGAGCUGCUGGUAGCAAAAUUUGCAAGUAUAAGUCAUCGAUUGGAACGCAGCUAUCUAAACACGCCCAAAUUAUUUCUCAUAUCUUAUCUCAAGUUGCAAUGUGUGGUGUCAUUAUGGGAGUGUAAAAGCAGGGAAGUAAACCAGCAGGGAUGGGAAGGGGGGGGAGCAGCAAAAUCCCAGCAUUCAAAUGAGGUCACAAAGUCCUCAACAUGGGGCGUCUACAUCCUGUGUGUGAGAGAAAGAGGGAGAGGGGUCGAGCUCCACACUGCAGCAAAAGCACUUGAGUGCCAAAUGAAAGGAGGAAGAGAAGCAAAGAAAACAUGCAUUUUUUUUCUUUGCAUUUUUGUUUGCUUUUAACGAAAUAUCCAUGGUUCCAGCCAUGCUUCUUGUCCUACACAUCAUCCUUUCUAUCAAACGUUCUUGCUGCAUCCUAUACACGUAUAUUCCCCUCCUGCAUUCCUCUCCCUGACUACUAGAAAUAACCUUGGCUUUAUGACCAUGGGAUCUUUCUUUUCCCACACAAGUUGCUUAUGUGUAGGGUUUUGAUGGGCAUCACACUCAACUGGGCAUGCCAAGCUCUGCCCUGCUGCAUCAGGCUGGGCUGUUUCCAUGGUGACAUGCCAUCCUGCCUGCAAUGUGAACACCGUUCAAAACAAUGUGGCUACGUUUGCAUACCUGAAUGAAAACUUCAAUUUGACUGAAAGGGCCGGAUCAUUUGUUGAAGAAAUUAUGUACGCUUUGAAAUUCAAAUGGCUUUUCUCAUGUAUCCUGUGCAGGUGCGUUUUGCUAGUUAAAUGUGGCAACUACUAAAAGUGGGUCCUGUAAAGAAAGUUUGAAUAACUUUAGCUACGGUAAUAGUAACAUUGGUGCUAAAUGUCAUGCCUUGCAUACAUGUACAUUUUGUAACUCAUUGUUCAAAUGACUCAAAUCGAGCUGUAUUUUUGAAUAGUUUUUACUUAAACUGUGUACACUGAAACCCUACAGAGGGGACAAUUUGUUUGAAAUCUGCAGUCUGAUCAAGUUCAUUCCACUUGAAUCUGUAAAUAUUGUGAAAUGCGCUCGAGUGACUCAGAUGAGGGAGAGAUUCGAGUGUUUUUACAAACCUAUUCUCUUCAUAACCGACCCAAAUCUAGACUAGGAUGCUCUGGAUGCCAGUGUUCGGCUGUCAUCUUUGCUCCGCGUUGCUGACGCAGUUUCUCAUUCCCCUAAGUGUGCGCUUACUCCGAGUGUUGAGCCAGAACAGAAUGAGGAUUAAGAGGAAGCACUUUUAAUAGCGUCGCCCUCUAAGCUGCUGCGUUCAGGACAAAGCUCCGCUGUGCCCUGUCACAUCUGCAAUGCAGCAGUGCUGUGUUUACAACCAGAAAUCUGGAUCCUAACAUGCGUUACAGAUGCAUACGCACAGCUGGAAGUGCGCUCACUUGGUGAUAUGUUGGCCAAGUGAGUCAUCGGUGAACAGUAAAGUUAGGGUGACCAGAUUUCCCUAGCCUGAAACCGGGACACUUUUGCGCGCGACCAUGCUCAUGCACGCACACCCCUUUUUUUUUUUUUUUUAACGUAAACGUGACACUCAGAGGUGCUCUUAUUUUGUUGAAGCUCACAUUUAUCAACAUCUCACAUGAAAUAAAACAAACAGGCAUUUUAUCUAGUAGCAUAGUGGUAUACAGAUCAGUUAAAUUAUGGUCAGACAACAGAUUUUGUAAUGGCUGAGAAUAGGCCAGGCUAUGUCCAUAGGCCAAAUUUAAACUGAUUUAUUUCACCUGUUUGUGAGAACACCAAGAAGAAUGCAUAUGCACAUGUAGGCUAUAUCUCUAAAAGUGUAUGCACUAUCGCAUGAACUUAAAAAGUAGACCUCAACAUAGCCUAGGUCAGAAUCAACCUUACUAACCAUUCCCCACAACUGAAUGAAUAAAGCAAGAAGAUGUGUACAAAAGUGAACACUUUAAUGGAAGGUGCAACAAGCUGUUCAACACAGCAAUAUGGCCAAACUGUCAGAAUGGUAUGUUAAACGGAAUCUUUUUUUUUUUUUAUUCACCUUGUUAUCCUGAGAUAACGACAUAAUUAAUUCAGGAUGUCGAGAAAACAACUAAUUCGAGAUCUCGAGAAAACAAAACUGUUAUUCCGAGAUCUCGAGAAAACAAAACAAUUAUUUCAUGAUCUCGAGUAAACAGCUGAGAAAUGGUUCAUUCAGGUGCGCCAAGAGACUUGUGAUAUGCUGACUUUGGGGCUAUUUCUCAUUCUGUAUAGACACAACUUUGGUCAUUAGAAUGUCUGGAAUAAUCGAGCACCUAAUAAGGCAAUAUUUUGAUCAGGGGUUGACGCAGGGAGAGAUUGCAUUAAGUCUUUUAAUAAGGGAUAAUUUCAAAAUUAGUCCGCGGCACCUCCGCAGAAGACUGGCCCGGCUUCGUCUCUACCAACGGAGAUACAGUGAUCCAGCUGAGAUCAUGAAAUAAUUUUGUUUUCUUGAGAUCUUGAAAUAACGGUUUUGUUUUCUCGAGAUCUCGAAUUAGUUGUGGUGUUUUCUCGAGAUCCUGAAUUAUGUCGUUAUCUCGGGAUAACAAGGUGAAUAAAAAAAAAAGAUAUGAAGGGCCUCUCGCGGCUUCCGUAAAUAUACACUCAAACAAAACAGCAGUAAAGGAGGAGAGGGGCGACAGCCCGAGGAAAGCCCCCACAGGAGCUCACAGCAUUUGCAACAUAGGCUAACCAACUCAGUACAAGAACAAAGCACUUAGUCUGUGCAGUAGGCUUCGUGCGCAUUGUUCUGCACCUCUCGGAGGAAGGGGUAGGUGCCCUGUAAAUCUUUGGAAAAGGUACAUUUUCUUUUCGGCAUAAUUGCUGUGGCAUUACUGCUGCUAGCUGCUAGACAAAGAACAUUCGCGCCAGUUAAUGUUUAUUUUAUUGUUGCAUGGCAACACGUUCUGUUGUCUGGAAUAAUGUGGCUAAAUAAACACCCAUGCCACAGGGCCAGGGGGCGGUAACCAGGAAAGUUUGCGAUUUCCUGUCAAUUCAUCAAAAUAGUAAAUGCAGACAUUUCUCCGCUAAUGAUUCCCACGCUGCUCAGUCGCAAACGUCGCGAGUGGCGAAAACCGGGACAUAUCCGUGUCCCGACAGACUUUUGUCGGGACUCGGGACACACAACCCCAAAUCGGGACUGUCCCGGUAAAACCGGGAUGUCUGGUCACCCUAAGUAAAGUGCAAAAUUCUUUUACACUUCUGGGCUGCGUUUCAUUCACGAAGAAUGAAGCCACCCCUGUGGACUUCCUUCACUUGAUUCCUCAUGAGAACGUCUGAAUUUUUGCUGCCUUCCUGGGUUAAAACGGGCCAAAACCUAUCGCAAAAUUGAUCAGAUUACUGUACAUUGUCAUAAUGGUUUACUUAAUGUUGACUAGCUUGCUAGCAGAUACUAAGGGCACUCGUGUAAUAGUUCUUCAAACAUUUUGUAUAAUAGAUAACCUUCACUAGCUUGGCAGCAAAAUUUACUAUUUGGAGUUUCAUUACACAGUAAGUUGGCAUAAAAUGAGCUAGUUUGCUUGGAAAAAUAAAAAAAAAAAGUGAUUGCUUUUCAUUCCACAAUCAAUAGCUAUCCUAAAGCUAGACAGCCAGCAAAAGUAGCUAUUGGUUUAAAUUAAGCUAAUAACUAUUUGUCAUGCUUGCCAGCAAAAUUAAUUGCACAGUGGAAUAGUUAGCAUAACAUUAGCUAGCUUGCUAGCAAACCUGGAUCCUGGUUUUGCAUCAGUAACGUACUCCAAUUAAGCUUGUUGCUCGAUUCGCAGGUUUCACUAGACAGUAAAAUGGCUUGUCUUCUUGACCAUAUCUCUGUGUGUAAGUUGAGAAAAUGCUAAUGACCGCCUAUUUAGGUCCUCUCUUUUCCUAAGAUGUUAGAACUUUUAUAUGGCCUCCAGCAUUUUGACAUUCAACACUUCCAUGGAAGUAACCGAUCAGCUUUCAAGGAGCCCUACAGUACUUGGGGGCUUGGGCAAUUUCCUGUCCUAUAGAAAUAUUAAAGUUAAAAUUAAUUUAAAAUCCACUCUUGACACAAGGAUGUUAGUCACUCAGCAAAAUCAGGUUUUGAUCUGGCUAUACGGUAUGAUAUGUGGAGAGAGAAGCUAAGUAUGAACUGCGUUGCAGGAAGUCUUGGCCAGCGUUACAUAAACUUCCAGUCAUCAGUGGUUAAAUCAGAAAUACAGAUCUCAGUUCAGGAGUAAGGGGAUGGGAGGAAAGCCUUGAUGUUUCCUGUUUGGAAUGUGGUGUUGGAGUAGGAAACUGCAAAUUUAGCUUCUGACAAAAAUACAGCAACACACAAUGUAAAAGACGUUGAGACUGAAGUUGUGGUGUUCUGUAUUGUAUCCAGAAGUCUGUCCGAUGCUAGUUUUAUGCACUGCAUGUCGUAACCUAACCACACCACCUUCCCACUGAUUGGUCAGAAUUUGUUUAAAGAAGGUUCUAACCUGUUAUUUCUUUCAUGACUUUUACAACCAGACUUCUUCCAUAAAAGCACACUUGUAAACAUGUAAUCAUCAAAGUUUUCUGACGCAAGACUGGUUUUACUUUGGAAGGCUUGGAGUUCCUUGGGGAACACAAGUUGCAUUUUAUUGUCUUGACUUCAAAAAUGGACAAAAGAGCAAACCGUUUAGACGUGUUGUGAUAACAGGAGCUAACCUCUUUCACAAACGUUCCACUUCAAAUUGAUCUGUAAAUGGAUUGUGUCGUGACUUUCUUGAAGAAUAAAUACAAAAUUGUUCGCAUUGGGAAACUGCUGUGGUAUGAGGGGAAUAAAACACUUCAGGACAUGCUGUUAUCAGAAAGUAAUUAAUUUGAGUGGUAACAGUAGCACUUUUUAUCAAGCCUUCCUUAGCUGAAACCUGUUCGGUCUUGGUCAUGCUAUGAAACUCACUUUUUGACCAACUAUUGCUCUAGAGAAGGAAUUAAAAAGGUUCCUGGAACUAUGGGCCCCAUACUAAAAUUGGUUGGGUGGAAAAGUCCAAAGUUCCUGUAUCUGUGAAAGGAUUCCUGUGGUGAAAAUGUUCCCAACAUUUCAGUUCUGGUGAAAAUGUGGCUGAAGUUUCUGAAAUUCCUUUAAAAAUUCCUGUGGUGAAAAUGUUCCCAAAGUGCUGAUGAACCAGAAAUGUUCCUGGGAUAGAAAUGCUUCCCAAGUUCCUGUCCAUGUUCACUGCAGAAACAUGUUCCCAAAGUGAUGGACUUGCUGAAAAGAUUCCUGGACUAGAAUCAGAACAAGUUCAACAACCCUGAGGGGAAGUUUAGUAAAGGGGAAAUUGAAAAGCUUCAAGUUCCUGUAAGGGUUCUUGUGUUGAAAAUGUGGCCAACAUUUUUGAAAUUCCUAUAAAGAUUCCUGUGGUGAAAAUGUUUCCAAAGUGCUGAUGAACCGGAAAGGUUCCUGGGAUAGAAAUGUUUCCUCGCUUCCUAUCCAUGUUCCUGCAGUGAACAUGUUCUCAAAGUGAUGCGAUACUUGAAAAGGUUCCUGGGCUAGAAUCAGAACCAGUUCAAUAACCCUGAGGGGAAAUUGAAUAAAGGGAUAAUUGAAAAGCUUUGAGUUCCUGUGUUGAAAACGUGGCCAAAGUUGUGGGCUUUUUUUUGUUUUGUUUUGUUUUCCCCCCAAUCUGUAAAGUUCCUGCAGUGAAAAUGUUCCCAAAGUGAUGGGAUAGCUGAAAAAGUUCCUCAGAUAGAAUCAGUCAAAUACUUUAACCCUGAAGGGAAAUUGAGUCAAGGGGAAAUUGAAAAGUUUCAAGUUCCUGUAAAGGUUCCGGUGUUAAACGUGGCCAAAGUUUUUUUGCUUUUUCCCCCAAUCUAUAAAAGUUCCUGCAGUAAAUGUUCCCCAAAUGAUGGAAUAGCUGAAAAGGUUCCUGGGCCCGACUCAGAAAUACUUUAAAUUUCUCCUCAGGAUUAUUAGUAAGGGGGGGGAAUUGAAAAGCUUCAGGUUCCUGUAAAGGUCCUUGUGUUGAAAACGUGGCCAAAGUUUUUUCCCAAUCUGUAAAUGUUCCCAAAGUGCUUGUAUCCCUGAAAAGGUUCCUGUGGCGAAAACGUGCCUAUCGGGCGAGACGGACGGAGAGAAAAAGGCGGGAGAAGGAAUGUUGGCCUCUUUAACGUUCCUUAAAGGCAAGAAUCAAAAUCUUGUGUCCAUUUGAAUGGCUUUUUUUUUUUUUAAUUAAAUGAUCCAAUUAUCUGACAUCUUUUAUAAUGGGUGAGGGCAAAUGAGCUCAAAUUGCUUCCCCCAAUCCACCCUGAGAGGGUGGGUAAAAGUUUUCAGUGGAAAACAAAAAGCCAGCAGCAUUAGAUCUACUUGGGCCACUAGAGUGCAUGGUUCCUGAGAGGCGCAGAUUAUUUCUCUUUACAUCAUUAAAGUGCCACAUUUUAUUCGGCUUGAUAUCUUCUACAGGCUUGUGAGUUAAGACCGAGUCCCAGAAGGCUUUCAUUUGUUUGUUGAGCGUGAUAUGAACAAGGGAUAGCUCACUGAUAUUGGCUGCGGCCCAAAGCUGUGGCUGUUCUUGCUAAUCCUUCUAGAAAUUCACCUUCUGCGAGUUGCACUAGGGACCUCUCUCUACAUAUAAAUAUCUUUUUCUGUCUCUUCUACGGAAUGUCCUUGUCUUGUUGGGUUUUGUUUGCUAUUCGUUGUCUGUUGUAAUGACUUAUGAGCUGGUUGUUAUACACACCCUGCUGCUGUUUACAUUAAUUAUCCAAGUUAUUCCAUUCUUGUUUCUAGAAAUUAAAAGGGAAAAUAAUUGUGAUGGAGGAGGGAGAAAGCAGCGGAAGCGGUUAUGAAGCAGAGAGCUGUUUAAUCAUUCAACAGUUGUGCUUUUUUUUUUUAGGGUUUUGAAGCACUGUUUAUCCAUCUUUGACUUGUUCCUGUCUGUUCUUCCUGUUGUCAAAUCGACAUUUUGUACUGAUAUUACUGAAACGUAUCUGAUAUGCACUUGUCAUUUUAUAUAUAAUUUCAUUUUUUAAUUUACCUGUGAAUUUUAACCUAUCUAUCAGGGAUUUCUGCCUGUCCAUAUGUUUGCUGCUUGCUUUUUUUUUUUUCCCCCUCUUUCAGUUUUAGGAUGUGAAGGCAUGCCACAAUUGGAAUCUGUGUAAAAAUAGCCAAUCAAAUAAUUUUUAUAGCACAGCAGUGGUGAAGAUGCAACAAGUGUGUCCGAUAUGUUGUGGAUCAAAAGCCGUACUGCUUUUGAACCCAGCGACAGAUGGAGACGCACUGCAGAGCGCAUUCUCGUCUUGAACCGUCACCUGAUCUGAACAUGUAGUGCGUAUACGCACAUGUUUGGUUAACCUGUGUGACUCACCUCACACUUGACAUCUCUCCACUGAACUGCCAUUAGUCAGGUCAUUAAUCGAGGAUGCAGGGCUAAUCAUGUACUGUGUAUAACGUAUAUUAUCAAGCCACUUCGUAUAAAAGUCCAAAGAGGCCAUCUAUUUUUUUUUCUGUUUUUUCAGUCCUGUUAUCUCCAUUCAAAUAUCAUUGUCUAGAUGAGAACAUAAUUUGAUUUGGUUGAACUUAUCUGGAUAACUGACAAAAAUGGUCCUGUGAAAGAUGGCUUGUAAAUCCUUGGCAUUGAGUUUAGUCAUGGAAUGAAUGUUUUGUUUUUGGUGGGCGAUUUAUGAUUUUUAUUUAUUUUUUUUUCUUGGAGUAAGACAAAAAAUUAUGAAUGAUUGGCCUCUGUGGAUUUCCCUGACUUGCAUUGGCUUUUAUUUUUGCAGUAAAUCAAUCAGGUUUAAAUAUGAAUCUGAUAUCAGUGGAAAUGCUUUGUGUUUUUUUUUUUUUCCAAAUUCAGUACAUAUGUGAUUUUCAUAUAUUCAGUGACUUACACUUGCGGCAGCUUGUCUUUUGAGUUUUAUUUUUCUGAAAAGGUUUUUUUUUUUUUUUUUUUUUGCUUUGGCAAACCAAUGUCCUUUUCUUGUACUUAUCAAACUGGAGCACUGGGGUCUGUCUGUUCUGUCGUGAAUGUUUUUGUUGUGCGCUGUUAAGCCUCAACCUGUCCGUGUCCUCAGAGUACGUCUCAAUUCGGUCACAUGAUGCCAGAUUGUAGCCACUAGAGGGCACGAGACGUCUCAGAGGAGUUCGCUCAGCCAUCGGUCCCACCGUCUCACUGCAUCGUCCCAAAGUGAGUGACUCCUACUGACCCUCGGAGUAUAAUACAAACUCUCAAUGUCUAUAAAAAUCUUUAUCUAGGCUACAGACCUGGGUUGCCAGACAAAUCUCCGUGAGUGAGGUGUGGGUUUUUUUUCUUCUCCUGGAUGUAUCUUUGGACUGCUACAGAGCUGACAGAAGGUUAAGCACUGUGCAGUUUUGUCAUGUUUGUCUUUAUUUAUUUUAUUUUUUUACUUGAGAGGAUGUGGUUAUGGGGGAAAACUGUGUAAUUGUGUGUUUCAGUGGCUUGGCAUCUCCUUUUAUGCUCAAUUCUUUCUGCGUUUGUGUCCCAUUCAGGGUUGCAACCACUUCACCAAUAUGUCUUUCCCAGCAGAGUGAGCGAAAACAAAAACCGAACCAAAAAAACGCUGAUGUAUUUACACAAUAGUGCAGACAUUUCAUAAAUGACGACAAAAUGACUUCCUCCUCUGUGGGUAAAGAUGAGUGUACGUUUAUGAAUUAAUACAGACUUUUUUUUUUUUUUUGUUCUGUAUAUGAAUGGCUCCAUGUUAACCUGAACAGAAAAAAUAAUGAAUUCUAUGACAAACUAUAAUAAAUUAAUUUUAAAAAUUGU